UUUCUCUUUUGUCACCUAGCAACACUUGACGAAGGCUGUCCAAAAUUGAAUUUAUUUUAGUUUUAAGUUAACUAAAUCGAAAUUUCAUAUAUUUAUGCGGUAAUAAAGUGCUGUAUAGUUAAAAGACUUUAAAAUGGAAGGCGACGGAGCUGAAAAUACAAAAUCCUUUUCUGGAAUCCCUGAAGCUGUUUUUGUAGACAAUGUCGAUGAAUUUAUGAAUUUACCUGAAAAUUCUGGUGGUGUUGACAAGGUUUUGAGACAAUUAGACGAGCAGCAUGGAAAGUAUAAGUUUAUGGAAUAUACACUAAAUACAAAGAGAAGGCGUUUGCGACAACAAAUACCAGACCUUGCAAGAUCAUUAGAUGUAAUUGAGAAAUUGAAAACCCAGAAGGAAGAAAUGGAAACCCAGUUUCUUCUUAGUGAUCAAGUUUUCUUAAAGGCUAAUGUGAUGCCAACAAAAACUGUAUACCUGUGGCUGGGAGCAAAUGUCAUGCUUGAGUAUUCCUUGGAAGAUGCUGAAAAAUUACUAACAACCAAUAUGACAACUGCAAAGAAAAAUCUAUCUUGUGUUGAACACGACUUAGACUUUUUAAGAGAUCAAUGGACUACAACAGAAGUAAAUAUGGCUAGAGUGUAUAACUGGGAUGUAAAAAAGCGCCAAGCAGCGAAAGCCAGUAGUUAAUGUAACUUAACUUUAACUUUUAUUUAUGAAUCAAACAAUUGUUUGCCCUCAUUAUGCAUUAUAAUUUCUAAGUUUGGAUUUUCUUUUAUUCAAUUAAAAAUUUUAUGGUUAUUUGUAUAAUCUAACACAAUAUGGCAAUGCAGUUAUUAAUAUGAAAAUUGUGUAAACUGAAAUUUUUGUAAGAUCCACAGUAAAAUAAGAAUUAUUAAUGUUAGCAUAUUUUAAAUACAAUUAAUACCUUAACGCUG